AUGAGUUUGCGGGGUGUUCAGUUGGGUCUCCGUGUGUGGGAGUUUGUGUGGACUGUCAUCAUCAUGUCCCUCAUUGGUAACAUGAUCGCCCAGGCUUUCGCCGGCAAUCCAAGCUCGAUCAACUAUACGAUGUUCGUGUCAGCGUUCUCGAUGUUCACACUCUUCUACCUCUUCCCUGCCUCUUGGAACUCGGACUGGGCCAUUCACCCUAUUAUCAUGAUCGUUGUGGAUGCGCUGAAUGCUAUCUUCUUCCUCUGCGCCGCUAUUGCGCUGGCCGCGAAGCUGACAGUCCACUCCUGCACCAACCACCAAUACCUCAUUCACAAUGAGAUCACUAAUGGCUCCUACCACUUGACCAAGCGCUGCCGUGAGGCCCAGGCCUCAACUGCCUUCUUGUGGUUCGGCUGGGCUGGCUAUACGGCCUCCCUCAUCAUUUCAAUCUUCAUGGCCCGCAGCUCGACCUCGGCCAUGCGUGGCCGCUCUGGUAGCCGUCGUCGCCCCAACAUGGCCCAGGUCUAA